AUGGCAUCCUACGAUAGUGACUCUGAUUUCGAGCAGGAGUACACUGAGACAAGUGUACUUCUCGGAUAUGCGUCCAACGAUCCAGAGGAUGACACCAUCAGUCGUCUGGGUGGCAUCCCGGAGUGGCUGAACCCGGAUAAGCCUCCGUCAGCCUCAUUAGCGAGGUGCGGCGCAUGUAAGGAUCUGAUGGUCCUGCUCCUGCAACUGAACGGUGAACUCGAGAGGUUCCCCGGGCACGACCGCCGACUCUACGUUUUCUCAUGCCGAAAACAGACCUGUCGCCGCAAGCAGGGCAGUGUCCGGGCACUCCGCGGCAAUAGGAUAGACAAAGCGGCGGCGGCAGCCGCAGCAGAAGCCGCUGCGAAGGAGGCAGAAGAAGCGCAGGCCAAGAAAGAAGCAGAGAAGGCCAAGAAGGCUGAUGGGCCGGGUCUGGGAGAGGCCCUCUUCGGCACAAAGCCGCUAGGCGGACCAGAGAGCGGGGCGAACCCCUUUGCGACCUCUGCGAAUCCGUUCAGCACGGGUGGGAACCGCGGUGUGAGCAGCAACCCCUUUGCCACGUCGGCGGCGACUUCGAGCCCCCCCGCUGCCGCCGCCGCAGCACCGUCGACACCGGCGAAACAAGCCGAGCCCGCGCGACCCGAGACGACGACAGACGCAGCCGCAUCUCUGCCCAAGACCUUUGCGGAAACUCUCAACCUGCACAACACCCAACGGCCUUCGGGUCCGCCUCCUCCGCCGGAGCCAUGGCCAGAGUCCUCCGCCCUCCCCAAACCGUACCCCGUCUCCUACAUAUCCGACGCCGAGCUCGAGGUCCUCGACCCCGAGCCCCCCGAGAUCCCGCAGAACGUGCGCAUGGAAGUAGACGAUUCGUCUGCGGGCGAUGCCGGCGCCGGCAUCGACAAGGAUACCUUCGAAUCUUCCAUGGAUGCCGUCUUCCAGAAGUUCGCGGACCGUCUCGCCCAGAACCCGGACCAAGUGAUCCGGUACGAGUUUGGCGGCCAGCCUUUGCUGUAUUCCAAGGACGACUCUGUCGGAAGGGUGCUUUCGGCGGCGGCGGGGACGGGGAGGAGUGGGAUGCCGCGGUGUGGGAAUUGCGGUGCGGGCCGCGUGUUCGAGUUGCAGCUUACACCACAAGCCAUUACGGAGCUGGAAGCCGACGAGCUUGGACUUGAUGGCAUGGAUUGGGGGACCAUCAUAGUCGGGGUCUGCGAGGCAGAUUGUGUGCAAAGAGGGGUGGAAGUUGGUGAGGUGGGUUAUCUUGAGGAAUGGUGCGGAGUGCAGUGGGAGGAGCUGGCGACAAACUGA